GCCAGCCGCUCCCAGCACCUCCCAGCGCCGAACGCCAGAUAUGGAGCCUCCAAGUCAGGGAAGGGAGCUGGAGAUUGUAGUUCAUGUGUAGGUGUCAUGCUGGAACUUGCUACUGCUGCUGCCUACCUUCUUCUUCUCUGCUUCCUCAUCCAUCUCUGUCUUCCAACACCGCAAGAGUCGUCGCCGCCGGCAUCGUUGCUCUGUUUUCUAUCUCUCUUCCUGUGCUGCUAAUCGAUUCAACUCCUUCAACUCCUGUGUCUUCGCCCGCGUCGCUGCCACCAGCAUCUCUGUCACUCGCGUCUCUAUUCGCCUCUUGUUGCUGCCUUUUCUCGUCCCUUUUGGUUCCUCUCGCUAGAGAAGAGCAGAGACGGGUUCCAUCCAGAAAGAAGAGAAGAAGAAUGGAGGGUGCGAAACGGUUACAAGGAAACUCAUUAUCACUUUUCAGUGAAGGCAUUGGCUUUGUUUUGUUGCGUUGGUCCGCUCUUCGUGAUGCCGUCGAGAACCAGUGGGGUGGCCCUGACUCCCGCCUCAAGGCCGAUAACCUCGCCACGGAUAUCCUCUCCUGGUUCACUCAAUCCAGAGAACCGCUUUAUAUUGAUGACUUGGAGGACAAACUCUAUGAUGGGAUGAUUUCGCUCAAUGUAGUGGUUGAGGAUGGCAGCACUGAAGAGGUAGCUGAAAAUCUAAUGGUUAUGCACGAGGAAUGCUUAGAAGGAAACUUUGUGACCAUUGAGCGUUAUAGGCAGGCCAUUGUUAACCAAGCUGCGCAUCCUCGUGCAGUGCCACAGAUUGUGAAUGAUAAGGAUGAUGAUGACGAUGAGGAAGAUGAUGAUGUCCAAAGUGGUCAAAAUGGUGAAAGUAGUGCUAGGCAAGCCACUUCUUCAAACAUGGAUGUGGACAUUCCAAAAUCUGAGUCAAACACGAGUUCAUGUAACAUGCGGAUUGAUGAUGAGCCUCUCAAAAAGGAUGCAGGUGAAGCAGAGGAUGGAUGGGUUGUAGUUUCAAAGAAAAAAAAUAAGGUUAGAAAAAAUUAGACGAAGAAUAGUUCAAAUUUUCCUUUAGGAUGGUGCAAUAUGAAUAGCUUGUGAAAAGAAGUGCACUUGCCAGAUAGCUUAAUAUUUUCUUUCUACCA